CGACCUUAAAAUAUGAAGAGGUUUGAAACUGGGAGUUACGGUGACGUUUAGACUAGAAAUAAAGAUGAUCUAUACACCUCUAUCUAUUUUUAAAGACGAUAUAAAGAAGGCUGUUAUUUACUUAAAUCAUCCAACAUCUUUACCGGAGACACUUUUUAAACGACUAUGGAAAAACGCUUAUCCUGUAGCUUUCGUAGAUGGAAAUGAUUAUUUCCCACAUUUUUUAACUGGAGAUUUCGAUUCUAUUCAACCAGAAGUUUUAGAAUUUUAUCGUUCAGCAGAGAAUGUUUCAGUCAUUGAAACACCUGAUCAAGAAGAAACUGAUUUCACAAAAUGUGUACGUAUAAUUAUCAAUAGUAUAGAAAAAAACAAUGCGGAAUUAGAUGUGCUUGUUGCAGUGCAAAUGAGCGGUGGAAGGUUCGAUCAUGAAAUGGGAUUAAUUAAAACUCUAUAUGAAACAAAGAAGUUAACUAACAUCCCAUUGCUUUUGGUAAGCGAGUGCUCAGUCACUUUCUUGUUAGAUGAAGGUGAACAUACUAUUCAUGCUAGCACAGGAUAUGAAGCACAACAUGUAGGUUUAAUACCUGUUGGACAACCAUGUCAAGUAACAACUACAGGUCUUCAAUGGGACUUGGAUAAUGGGAUACUCUCAUUUGAUGAUAUUGUUUCAACUUCGAAUCGAUUAUUAGAUGGAAUUGUCUAUGUAAAGUGUAAUCGACCUUUACUUUUUACUAUGGAGUAUAAAAAUGAUAUGAUUAACUAGCGUAAAUAUAUGCAUAGAUCAUUAUAUUCUUGACUAGUCAGUGAUAGUAAGUUGAAAAAAGAUUCGAAGUUAACGCUUGUAUCGUGGUGCAGUUUGGUGAAUUCCGUUAUAUACGUCCUAUACACGUUCAACGUCUUUUCCUAAUUUCCUCGUCAGUUGGAAGCUGGUUUGUCUUCUGCCACAAUAGUCUGUUGGUGAUGGUAACCGGUCAUUAGAUAUUGAGUAUCUUGCGUAAACAACUGUUUGUAAAUACUUGUACCUUUUUGAUGAUGUUUGUAGUAGUUCUCCACGUUUCAGCUCCACACAGUCGAACUGUCUUGACUUUCAUAUUGAAGAUUCUCACUUUGAUAUUAGUUGAUAGUUGUUGUGAAGAAUGUCAACUAGCACGAAAUCUUAGUUCAAGGCAUCUUGUCUAUUACCCACAGCCAUUCAAUAUCUCAUGGAUACAUGGAUACAAAAACGUUUUUCCAAUUACAAAUAAAGAAGAGUAGCUGAAGUUUUCCAUAUAAUACUGAAUCCUACUGCCCUCAAUAGAAAAGAAGGCUUUACCAUGCAUCCAAUUUGAACUAUCUAUCCUAACAACCUAGUCUGAUAUCAUUCAUAUUUCACACUAUUAUGGUACAUACAAAUUAAAUUCUAUCGUUUCGCGCCACAAAGGUCACACUUUAAAAUCCUUGACCUUGUAGACGUACACACACACACGUUCACAUACAUGUCGCUUAUAAAUCACCUUAACCGAAAUGACAUAAAAUUGACUUGUUCAGACCUGUUUUUUUUUAUUGAUCGCAUAUAAUAUUCUUACUUUGUUCCUUUGUACUAUUUAAACUUGGAUUAGUUUGUAUUGGCUCAUUUGUUCUCUGAAGAAGUGGCUUACACUGAGUAACGAAACGUCAGAAAAUCUAG